UCUGGCCAUCAAUUAUUGCAAUUCCCAGCCACAGAAAAUGAAGAAAAAGGGGGAACGAGAGAAUGAGAUGAUCCAAACAGAAGAAGAAAACCCUUUGAAAGAGUCGAGAGAUUUGUGAAGUAAAUGCAGUUUCAAGAGAAAAUCGCCUAUCAUUCUCUUAACCUCAAACGUCUGAUUCUCAUUGUUUUCCCUCUCACAGACGGAAUCGAACUGAAAAUUAAGUUCCCAAAAUGGGAAACGGAGCCGUGUGAGAAGCGAUCGGAGCAGGUAUCAAUGAGCAAUUAAUGAUGCUAAAGGCGGUGGACAGGUUUUGGGAAGUUUAUACUCAUUCAGUUGAUUUAGAGGAGAUUUAGAGGAAGAAUGGGUACCUCUCUGUUUUCUUCUCCCUUUGUUCAUCCUCAGCUUCAGCAGAUUGUGGCCAAGAUGACUCUACUGGAUACCCUACUGUUUUAUGUAGUUCAUUUUGUGGACAAGCUUGGGUUAUGGCAUAGGAUGCCGGUGUUUAUGGGGCUUGCUUAUUUGGGGCUUAGAAGGCACUUACACCAGCGGUAUAAUCUGUUGCAUGUUGGAUCGUUGUAUGGCCAAAAGUAUGAUCAUCAACAGUUCUGCUAUAGAACGGCUGAUGGAAGUUGUAAUCACCCUUCUGAUAGUGUGGUUGGUAGCCAGGGGACUUUCUUUGGCCGCAACAUGCCUCCAUCUACUUCUCCUUAUGGGGUACUUGAUCCUCAUCCAACAGUUGUGGCCUCAAAGCUACUGGAAAGGAAGAAGUACAUUGACAAUGGCAAGCAAUUCAAUAUGAUAGCUUGCUCGUGGAUACAGUUCAUGAUUCAUGACUGGAUUGAUCAUUUGGAGGAUACCAAACAGGUGGAACUUAGAGUGCCUGAUGAAGUUGCAAAUGGUUGUCCAUUGAAGUCAUUCAAGUUCUUUAGGACCAAGGUGGUUUCAACGGGUUCACCUUACCUCAAGACUGGGACUCUAAACACAAGAACACCUUGGUGGGAUGGAAGUGUAAUAUAUGGCAACAAUGAGGAGGGGAUGAGGAGAGUAAGGGCAUUCCAAGACGGAAAAAUGAAGAUCGCAGGAGAUGGGCUUCUCGAGCAUGAUGAAAAAGGCAUACCCAUCUCUGGAGAUGUUCGGAAUUGUUGGGCUGGUUUUUCCCUUUUACAAGCUCUGUUCGUCAAGGAGCAUAAUGCUGUAUGUGAUAUGCUAAAAGAGCGUUACCCAGACUUCGACGAUGAGCAGCUCUAUAGGCAUGCUAGAUUGGUGACUUCAGCUGUAAUUGCUAAAAUCCACACCAUUGAUUGGACUGUAGAACUUUUAAAGACUGAAACUCUUCUAGCAGGAAUGAGAAUUAACUGGUAUGGAUUUCUGGGAAAGAAGUUUAAGGAUUCGUUUGGACACAUUUGUGGACCAGUACUCAGUGGAUUGGUUGGUCUAAAGAAGCCAAGGGAUCAUGGAAUUCCAUAUUCACUAACAGAAGAGUUUGUGAGCGUCUACCGAAUGCACUGUCUUCUGCCCGACAAAUUAGCUAUCAGGGACUUGGAUUCCACCAACUCAGAUUAUAGCGACCCUCGUGUCAUUGAAGAGGUGCCUAUGGAGGAAUUGGUGGGAAAAGAAGGUGAGAAAAGGCUGGUAAAAUUCGGAAUGGAGCAAAUGUUGGUAUCAAUGGGUCAUCAAGCAUGUGGAUCUCUCUCUCUCUGGAACUAUCCAUCAUGGAUGAGAAACCUUAUUGCCCACGAUGUCGACGGGGAUGACAGACCAGAUCCAGUUGACAUGGCUGCCAUGGAAAUUUUCAGGGAUAGAGAGAGAGGCGUUGCAAGAUACAACGAGUUUCGGAGGAAUUUAUUGAUGAUUCCCAUAAGCAAAUGGGAAGACUUGACAGAUGAUGAAGAAGUUGUGAGUGCCCUUGAAGAGGUGUAUGGCAAUGAUGUUGAGAAGCUGGAUCUUCUUGUUGGAUUACAUGCUGAGAAGAAGAUUAAAGGGUUUGCAAUCAGUGAGACUGCCUUUUUCAUUUUCCUUCUCAUUGCUUCAAGGAGGCUGGAGGCUGAUCGUUUCUUUACAACAAAUUUCAACUCGAAAACCUACACAGAGGAAGGUCUGGAAUGGGUUAACAGGACAGAGACAUUGAAGGACGUAAUUGAUAGGCAUUUCCCUGAGAUGACAAAGAGAUGGAUGAGGUGUUCAAGUGCAUUCUCCGUCUGGGAUUCUUUGCCAAACCCAACAAACUACAUUCCCUUGUAUCUCAGACCAGCCACAUGAAUAAUUUCCAUCUCACCUAACCUUUUCAAGGCGGACCUGCAUAAAAUGUAUCUACUUCUAGCAUCCAAAAAUUAGCUCACAAGAAGAUGCACCGAUGGAUAUACUUGAAGGCAAUGAUAUGUAUAUACAUACAUAUUGAGGUUGCAUUUCAAUGCUUUUCGCUGUUGCAUAGUCCUAUAUGAAAUAUUUGUUUUGUGAUCA